CCGACCCAACUUAAAUGCUCUCUCCCUUUUUCUUUUUCUCACCAGACAAUUCUCCUUCUCCUCUCUUUCCUUUUUCUACCACAUUAAUAUUUACUUAUAUAUAAAUAAAUAAACAUCUACAACAACUUAUACCAAUUCUUUUAUAAUCUCUAUAGGUAUUUUUGUGAUAUCAUUUAUGAGAUGGAACUUGAGCUUGGUCUUGGUCUUGCACUUCCUAAUUCCCAUUUUGUUAGUCCUAUCAAAUCUUCCUACCUAAAUGACAACAUUAAUAUUGACACAUUUGAUGACAACUUCUCAGAAAUGAAGAAGAUUAAUAAUGAUGAUGGUAGCAACAAAGUUGAAGGUAAAACAUUGUCUUUGCUUAUAUGGAAUGGCCAACCAAAUGAAGAAGAAGAUGAUAAUGAUGAUGGUCAUCAAAAAAGGAGAAAUUUUGAAGCUUGUUAUAAUCAGGAAUUCAAGGAAGAAAAUGGAGUAGUGGGGUGGCCACCAAUUAAAUCAUGGAGAAAAAAACUUAUUCAUGGGAUUAAUCAUGAAGUUGGAUGGAACAAAAAUAAUAAUAAUAUUAAUCAUAGACACAAUAUUGGAAUUAGAAAUUCCAUGUAUGUGAAGGUUAAAAUGGAAGGAGUAGCCAUUGGAAGAAAAAUUGAUCUAAUAUUAUAUAAUUCUUACCAAAUCCUUACUAACACCUUGCUCCAAAUGUUUCAUAAAUCACAUGAGAGUUGUGAUGAAAAUGAUGGACGCUUUACAGUAUUGUACCAAGACAAAGAAGGAGAUUGGAUGCUUGCUGGAGAUGUACCUUGGGAAACAUUCAUGGAGACAGUUCAAAGAAUACAGAUACUAAGGAAUUGGAAGAGUAGAAGAAGUACAAGAAAAUCAUCCCAUAUUUCUUAAGAGUAUUAAUUAUAUUAUAUAGUUUAAAGAAUGUUGAAGAUAAUUAAUUAAAAGAUAUGAAGAAAAAAAAUUAGUUACAUGAGUGUGACAUUGUAAUUUUAUUAUCUUUGUACUAAUUUUAUAUUUAUU